GGAUAUGUACACCGGAUGUCCCCCAUAUACUCCAUACCCCCCACACAAUCUCCCCUCCCAAAAAAAUUCCUUCCACCCAAAAAAAAAAAUUCUCUCUCUUUCGCUAGGUUUCCCCCAUUUCCCUGCCCCUUCUUGCUUCGCUGCUUCGCCGUCCCUGCGGAGUGUCUUCAUCGCGCCGACCCUGCGCCUUGCAGCAUCAUCCCCUCGGAUUGUCGUCAUCGUCGUCCCUCGCCGGUGAUUGUCUCUCGCAGGGCCGGUGAUUGUCUCUCGCAACAUCAUCACCUUCCAGGUAGAAUAAAAUGGCACUUAUGGUUCCCACCAAAGAUCACUUCCCUGUGCAGUAUUCGGUGUGUGGAGAACUAGAAGAUGCAGUGGCCAUAGUUAGAAGCAAAUUGAGUGUAGAGAAUAUGGUGAACUUUCGAAAAUUGCCAUUCGGUCAUUUCAUGGAUGUGCGGAAGCUCCAAUUUUCUGGACAACUCAUCCAUAUCCUUAUGCUACAUCUCGUCCGCGAACAACCUGAAGACGAGAUGUGGUUUAUGAUCAAUGAAGAUGCAGUGGCCAUAGUUAGAAGCAAAUUGAGUGUAGAGAAUAUGGUGAACUUUCGAAAAUUGCCAUUCGGUCAUUUCAUGGAUGUGCGGAAGCUCCAAUUUUCUGGACAACUCAUCCAUAUCCUUAUGCUACAUCUCGUCCGCGAACAACCUGAAGACGAGAUGUGGUUUAUGAUCAAUGGUACUCUUAAGAAGUUCACUUUUGAAGAUUUCUGUCGAAUCACAAGUUUGCCGACUUCCAAGUCAUAUCCAAAUUUUAGCAAUGUGAAGUCUUCGUCAGAGACUAUUCACAAGAAGUAUCUUGGGGGGGGAACGGUGAAAUGCACCUUCGCGCACUUGCGGAAUAUGUUUAUGACUGCGGAGGAAGAUGUACCCGGCAGUGAUUUACAUAAGCUUGCCUCAUUGUAUUUUGUUGAGCAUGUGCUGUUAGCAAAAGAUAGAGGGGAUGAUGGAUGGCCAACCGGAGAAAUUUCUAGAAAAGAAAAAUAACAACUCCAAUUUGAAGUCUUGGAAAUAUGCGUUGUAUGGAUUUCCACUUGUUUUGCAGAUUUGGGCUUAUGAGACGUUUCCAGUGCUUGACGACGAGGUUGCUCAGUGUAAUCGAGCGAUAAAAUGUCCACUGUUACGUUGGGGAGCCAAGAAAUGCCCACAGUACCACUCUCUAAAGCAGUUGUUAUUCCCUAAUGAACCUGAAGAAGUCGCAAAUAAGAUGGAAAACACACUUGAUUUGUUGUUUAGAAGUGUUGAAGAUUUAAAGAACACUCUAAACAAAAGGAUUGAUGCUUUGGAGGAUAAAAGUGAUGGCAACUUCCUGUUACAACGCCACAAGCGUGACUUUGAUGGACUAAUGUCAUGAUUAUGUUCCAAAUUCGCCACAGUAAUAGUAAACACACCUUCAUCAUCACAUGUUGCCGUAAUUCGGGCUGUGCAACCACAAUUGGAUCGGGCUUGUGGCUUUAGACAAUUCUUAGAUCGGCUCACCCUAUUACCUUCUCUACCACAUGAGAUUGUGAUAGAACGUAUUGUUCCAUAACAUCCCCUCCUCAAACUUCUCUUUUUAAUGGGAAACCCCAUUCCCUUUGCAUAAGUAUGGUAGAAUUCAUAUAUGGCAUCAUAAUUCGAAAACUUCAUCCCAACAUCAGGGACAAGGCUUACAGG